CUAUACCGUAUUGCUUCCUUAUCAUUGCAAGAGUAAAGAACGAACAUCUAAGUUAUAAUUUUCCAUAUUCGAGGAUGGCCGCGAUGUUGUCCAACUGUUCGCGGUUUGUGCCUCGUGUAAUAACAAGAAUUAGUAUAUCACAAACGAAGGUUGUCAGAUCUUUAUAUAGUCAAGAGAGGCAUAUCAACGUUGGGGAUAACCAUGAACAUAAACUAUUAAUUGUAUCAAAUCAUUUUUGUAGGGCACAUUCUAUUUAUCCACACCCAACAUGUGGUCAGCAAGAACUCCCGAUUAUGUACAAAAUAUAAGAAAUUUCAUUGUUGGAUAGACCAAACAAGAUAUAUUCAUUCAACAUCUACUUUAUGGGAAAUGAAGGAAGUUGUAGUACCACCAUUUGCAGAAAGUGUAAGUGAAGGAGAUGUUAGGUGGGAUAAAAAAAUUGGUGAUCUGGUUAAAGAAGAUGAUGUUUUAUGUGAAAUUGAAACAGAUAAGACUUCAGUUCCUGUACCAGCACCAGGUUCUGGUAUAAUAAAAGAGAUUUUUGCCAAAGAUGGUCAAACAGUAAAGUCAGGGCAGAAGCUAUGUGUUAUUGACAUUGGUGCUACUGAUGGAACACCGGGAGCACCUAAAGUUGUUGAAAAAGUUCCAAGUCCUCCACCUAGCAUAACAGCAGCACCACCACCAUCACCAUCACCACCACCACCACCACCACCACCUCCACCACCACCACCACCACCACCACCACCAUCACCAUUAUCACCAUCAUUAUCAUCAUUACCCACAUCAUCAUUACCAUCAACACCUUCUCCUGCAAUUGUACCACCUCCAGCAGCUCGACCGCCACUUCCACAAGGACCUGCAGUAUCUAUACCAGUUGCUACAAUUAAACCUGUUCAAGCAUUGGAAGCUGCAAAAGUACAAUUACCUCCUGAUGAUUAUACACGUGAAAUAACUGGUACCAGAACAGAACAACGAGUAAAAAUGAAUAGAAUGCGAAUGCGUAUUGCAGAACGAUUAAAAGAAGCUCAAAAUACGAAUGCUAUGUUAACAACAUUUAAUGAAAUUGAUAUGAGUCGUAUUAUGGAAUUCCGCAAAUUACAUCAAGAAAAUUUUACAAAGAAAUAUGGUUUGAAAUUAGGAUUUAUGAGUCCAUUUAUUGCAGCAAGUGCCUAUGCUUUAAAAGAUCAACCAGUAGUAAAUGCUGUAAUAGACGGCGCUGAAAUAGUUUAUAGAGAUUAUGUUGAUAUUAGUGUUGCAGUUGCAACACCAAAAGGACUUGUUGUCCCAGUUCUUCGUAGCGUAGAAAAUAAAAAUUUUGCAGAAAUUGAAAUUGCUUUGGCAGCUUUAAGCGAUAAAGCAAGAAAAGGUAAAAUAACUGUCGAAGAUAUGGAUGGUGGUACAUUUACAAUAAGUAACGGCGGUGUUUUUGGUUCUCUGAUGGGAACGCCUAUUAUUAAUCCACCACAAAGCUCAAUUCUUGGAAUGCAUGGAGUAUUUGAUAGACCCAUUGCAAUAAAGGGCGAGAUCGUAAUUCGUCCAAUGAUGUAUGUGGCUUUAACAUAUGAUCAUCGAUUAAUUGAUGGACGUGAGGCUGUGAUGUUUUUAAGAAAGAUCAAAGCUGCUGUAGAAGAUCCCAGAAUUAUAUUAGCUGGACUUUGAGCAUCGUAAAUAUUUUUAUUGAAUCGCUUCAAACACGCCUCUCAUCAUAUCUAAAACAUUUCGUACACGUUGUAUUAUAUUGUGUUCAUCAAAACAACAUAUUCUUAAAUACUUAUUAAUCAUUGUGAUAAAUGAAAGUAAGAAGAGAAAAAUAUUAUACGCGAACGAAAUAACACGA